ACACCGGUUACACUGGUUUCUAGUUUUAGACUGAUGUUUAGGCUUAACGACAUUUUCGGUUACAAAACGUCAUCUACGAAGGCAUGACUCCAGCGUUAAACAAACCCUGUACUGUCCCUUUAACACGAACACGUGGUAUCUGCAAACAUCCGGGUUUCAGAAAAAUGGAAAUAAAAUUGCAACAAUGUUUUGACACACAGCUUUGACGCACGGAGUCUUGCCAAACUGUAAUUACGUUUUCUUACAUUGUUUCCAUGUUGAAAUACGAAGAUGGAGGCUGGCAGUCUUGUCUCAUGCAGAGAGGACAUUUCUUCGCUGUUUCCUGAGCAAACGCCGGGUGCCAAAUAUAAAGAUUUAAGCAGCCAGUUUUCCUCCGUGAGACAAGUGAGCGGAGAUGGAAACUGCUUCUACAGAGCACUCUGCUUCGCACACUUGGAGUCAGUCCUGCACAAUCCCAGGGCUUUGCAGAGAUUUAAGGAGACAAUUAUUCAAACCUGCAAAGACUUGUCUUCUGCGGGAUUUGAUGAGAGCUCCUUCAGGCAUCACCUGAACACAGUCGUAAAUGUAGUGGAGCAGUGCCAGGCUGAUGAGCAGGAAGACAGGCUGCUCACGCUCUUCAACGAGCAGAUGACCUCUGACAGCAUGGUGCAGUAUCUCAGGCUGCUCACUUCAGCACACCUGCAAAAUCAUGCUGACUUCUUCUGCAACUUUGUGGAGGCGUCUAAUCUCCAAGUCUACUGUCAUCAAGAAGUGGAGGCCAUGGCGAUGGAGUGUGAUCAUGUGGACAUCUUAGCUCUGUCACAGGCCCUGGAUAUUUGCAUCCACAUCGUCUCCAUGGAGGGUGAUGAACAGCAAUUGGCCCACCACAUCAUUCCAGAGGGUGCUGAACCCUCCCUGCACCUCCUCUACCAAACGUCACAUUAUAACAUUCUCUACCCACGACCUCAACACUGACCCGCGAUCCACUAGGACUCAGCUCAACUCAGGAAUAUUGACUUUGGUUGAAUGAAAUCCCAAAUGGGUUUUAAGACACUCGUGAAAACAGAUUUUUAUAAAAUCUUGCAGUGUACAGCGGUUCAACAUCUGGAAAUACAAUUUUUGCACAUUGUGCAAUAAGUAUUUAAAUGAAUUGAAAUUAAUUUAUGUAAAAAAAUACAUAAAUCAACAAUUACAUAAAUCAAAGAUGGUCUUUUAAAACACACAUUCCCAUUAACAUGUCACUGCUGCUGCUGCUGUUCUUUCUUCUGCUUCUUCUGCUUUUUCUGCUGUGGUGGAACAGCUUUCUUUAACUUCUGUUUCUCCUCCUGUAUUGAAACCCUGGUAAGGGCACUUUCCAUCCCUGCUAGAGGCAUGUGAGGCAGGGAGAGCUUUCCCAUUUGAGUGGGGUACUUGGUCUUUGUCACGUUCUUGAAAACAGGCUGGUUGAUCAAAUGCUUCAAAUGCUUUUUCAUCCCCUUUACCAUCUUCUGCUGCUCUCUGUCAGCGUCUUCAUCCUUUGCUCUGCCUGACAUAAGUCACAUAUUCAAUUGUCUGUAUUUGAACAUUUUUAAAUAAACUGAACAUGUUACAAGA